AUGGUGUCUGUUCUACCGGCAUUGGGAGCACCUCCAUUACCUGACUUUCAAGAUCCCACUAAAGUAAGUAACUUUAAUUUCGGGAGACCAGAGGAGCCUGCAAUCCUAAUCUCCAAAUUGGUAUGAAUGGAAUGCAUAAAACGCAAUCUGACCAAGCGCUUUACGACGUUCUGUUACGUGAAACGUUCGCAAAGCAAAGCGUCUGCCCUUGGGGCAAGAGGGUUGUUGUCCUUUGAUCGAUCUCGACGACGUUCCCUAACCUUUUGUUAUUACUAGUAAUUAAGCCAUUAUUGGGUUACCGGCAUAAAACUGUAGUGAAAAGAAGAUAUAAGGGAGCUUAAACAAAAACGGUUUUGAAGUGACGAGGUCUUCGUUACAAAUAAGGCUGAGUGGCUCUGGGAAGGAGAAUGACAGCUCCUAUUUCAAGUUAAAACAGCAAGGAAGCACACACUACCAAACUUUGCGGUAUUGCCAGUGUAAGUUUUGUCUCCGAUUUUCUUUGUUGCACGCGUGCAGGGACCUUCUCCUCCCUUUCUCUUCCCCUUUGCGCCUGUCCGCAGGGUACAAAUUCAUACUCGUAGCGAUAAGCAAAUUACCCAGCCUGGCACUAAUCCAUCUUAUUUCGGUCGACCGUACCUUGACCGAAAUAAGACAUCUUUUAAAAUCAAAACUUUUGCUACGAAUACUUUGGUAUACAAUGUGUUUUUAAUAAUGUGGCUUUAUGUUCUUCUAGGGAUUUGAACCCAGAGGUACAGAACUGAGUAACGAGAUUUCAACUUAUGAGAAUUUCGUUAAAGCUCUAAACAUCUCAUCGCCCUUGCGGACGUCAUUGUCUACACAAGUCGGAAAUGAAACAGGUCAAGCACCAGCAAAGCGCAAACGACGCUCAUUACAGCAACUACAGGGCUCACUACAACCGCCUUUCUAUGAUGUCGUUUCUGAGUCUAUGGUGUUCGUCUUUAAAGCUUUAGAUCCAAAAGAGAACUUGUUUGAUGCACCGAAACUAAGAACCAUCUGUACCAUGGACAAUAAAAUUGUGCGUUCAAGCCCAUCAUUUACGACAUACUGUUAUAAAUUUAACGAUAGGUCUACAACACAGUGUUAUUCCAGCUGGAACCUUGGAAAUUACGUCGCGUUACUAAACAACCGUACCUCGUGUCAGAUGAUAACAGAUGAUGAUGUCUCGAAGGUGAAAAUCUUGAUGAGGAACUGUUCCACUUAUUUUCUGAAGCAGACUCUGAAGCCUGACUGUAAGUACCCAGAUUUCUCUAGAAAUGAAACUGUGAGCUCCAACUGCCCAUCUGUGCCUGCCCAAUGCCUCAAACACUCUGCAGUGUACAAUAUUUUUCAGUAUCUUGUAGACAACGAGUUCAUGAAUACACCAGACAAUGAUUUUCUGAAAUACACUCUCUCCAUUCUUCCUGUGGCUUAUGAACUGAAAGCCUUUUAUGAUGAGAUGUACGAUAGACUAAAGGAUGACACACAUCUAAGUCAAGGAGUAGAAUUGGUGACCUUCAGGUUUUGGGGAUACAAGUACAAGAAAUUCAGUGACGAGCUUUUAGUGCAGAUCAUCUUCCCAGCUCUGGCUUUGAUCGUUGUCUUUGGCGUGAUGUGGACAUUCCUUGGAUCAUUCAUACUUACAUUUUGUGGCCUGUCUUGUGUAAUUUACGCAGGUGGUCUUUCUUAUUUUCUCUACAACUUUGUAUUUCGUAUGGAUUUUUUCCCUUUCCUUAAUAUUCUAACUCUGGUAUUCUUGGUGGGAAUUGGAGCAGACGAUGCGUUUGUGUACUAUGACAUAUGGAGACAGUCAAGAGCUGCAAACCCCGACGCGAACAUAAUGCAGUUGACACUUAACUCGUUACGCUAUUCUGCUCUCUCUAUGCUGGUUACAAGUUUGACUACUUCGUCAGCAUUUUUCGCCGGGAUAUCUUCCACAAUCACCGCCAUUAAGUGUUUUGGUAUAUUUGCUGGCACAUCCAUCUUGACAAACUACCUUCUGAUGAUCACAUAUUUUCCGGCUUGUGUCGCCCUGCAUGAGAAGUGGAUCAUGAAGUAUAACGAUGGUCAUAGCUCAGAAUCUCAAACAUCAACAGAGGUGGCUGUUGAGGAAGUGGCAAUGCCAGUGGCCCAAGACAUGAUUGAGCAAAGAAACGCGGUGAGCAACCACAAGACAGCUGAUGAUGUUAAAAAACACCGAAACACCUGCAUUCUGCAAGUGAUUGAUUUCCCUUGCUCCCUCGCGGUUUCAGCCAAAAGUGCGGUCCAAAAAUUUAGUUCCAAGUUUUUUGGUCGUUGGUUACCAUUCGUCGUCAUCAAGUUUUAUUGGAUUUGGAUAGCCUUACUCAUCGGUCUAACCGCUGGCUUCUUGUGCGUUACCUUUUACAAACCCGGACUUCAGUUGCCAGAAAGUGAUGAGUUCCAAACAUUUGCCUCUUCUCAUAUGCUAGAAAACUACAAUUUAAACUACAAGAGUUUCUUUAGGUUCGAGCAGAGCGGAAGCAUGGUUGUAGAGCUGAUAUGGGGAAUUAAACCUGUAGAUAACGGCAACUACUUUAACCCAGAUGACAAAGGAACGUUGGAAUUUGAUGAAUCAUUCGGUGCCGACCUCUUUUCCGAAGAAGGACAAAAGUUCAUUCUUUCGGUCUGUAAGUCUGCUGAAAAGCAAUCAUUUUUUGAUGCAUUUGCUGCGGGCACUGUGGAUUGCCCGAUUGAGGGUUUAAUUGCCUUAUGUAAAGCUGGUCCAAACCCAUGUUGCGGAAACCACAGCUUUCCAUUUCCAGCUGAUGUCACCGAGAGAUGUCUUCUUGAAUUUGCAUCGCGAGGUAAUGAAUCAGGCUUACUGUUUGAUGCUAAGAGCAAAGCAAUUAAGGGUUUCAGACUGGUCAUUUCCACCAACCAACCUUUUUCAACUGCUUUUUCGGUGAUAGACAAAGUCUACGACGAAGUGAUAUCUUGGUUUGAAGGUCAGUUUUCUAAUGCCCCUCCUGGUCUGAAAAACGGCUGGGCGAGUAGUUGGGGAUUCCGAUUUUAUGGUCUUCAAAUUGGCCUCUCGCGUGGCACCUAUUCAUCCCUGGGUAUUUCGGUGGCCGCAUCAUUCAGUAUCAUGUUGCUCACAACACUCAACAUCUUUAUCAGCAUCUAUGCCAUCGUCACAAUUAUUGGAAUUAUUGCGAUCACCAUUGGAUCUCUUGUAUUAGCUGGCUGGCAACUUAACAUAUUAGAGUCAAUUAUCACGUCAGUAGCUGUCGGACUGUCAAUUGACUUUACCAUGCAUUAUGGUGUGGCUUACAGACUGGCACCAGAUAAAAGCCAAAGAGAAAGCAGGGUACGUUACUCACUGGCUCACAUUGGAUCAGCGAUCACGAUGGCAGCACUUACAACGUUUCUUACAGGUGAGUGUUUUAAUCCUUAGUUCAUGAUUUUCUCUAUUCAUUUCUCAAUGUGACUCUUUUAGUUUAUUGGGACUGAGACGUUAUUUUCUUGUGCAAAAUGGAGAUAAAAGUAAUUGCCAAGACAAGGUUUACAAAGAGAGCAAUGUUGGGGCAUUAGUGGCCAGGAUCGACCCAGGUUCUUAACCCGCAGGGUAUGCCGUGGGGGUUUUUCCUUGAACUCUAGUUUAUCCUACCAUCAAAAACUAACGCUCCCCAAUGAUUACAGUGCGAUCUGGAACGCAGACGCACGAACACUUGUAAACGUGUUCUGUAGACAACCUCGUCCUCAAGGCUUUUCGCUUUGAAAAUUGGGGAGGCGGAAAAAAGACCCCUUUCCCGGCUCCUCCCAUGUUUUUAAUGGAAUAGCUUCGCGGAAGAGAUGUUUUUUAAAGUUUCUAAGUUGGUGAACAAAUAAAAUUUACACCUUUACCUUUUUUUAAAAUCAAACGAUGCAUGUCGGCUAUCGCCAAGUGCGUCCAUUUAUUUCUUUUGUGUGGUUGAUAACCUAACAUGAGAUAUUUUUAGGCAAUACCAAACGUGACAAUGCAAGGCUGGGUAACAAGGCAAGGAAUUUUCUUGUCAUUCAACUAAAAACCUCAAUUAGCAUAAAAAAUCCUGACUACGACUACGGAUGUUGUCAAAAUCACAUGAACGUCGAACCAGUCAAGGACUACAAUCAGUACCACAAGUCGACCGAAAUAAGUUGGAAGUCAAAGAAUCGGUAGACAUAUGUGAUUGGUCCAAAGAAUGAUUUUGGACAGCUCAGCAUUGCUCGUCUGAUCGCGCAUUGUGGGCGUUGUCUACGCCGAGUUAAACCAAAAGACAGUGAAGAAUUUCAAGAGACAAAUGAGCUGGGAAAGGUGAAGCCUAAAGACUCUUCAAACCCCAUCAACGAGAAUGAGCCAGGCAACGUUAAAAGUGACUAUAUGAAUAAGCAAGACACGAUUAAUCUUGACCAUUCGGAUGAACCAGAAAUUGUUAAACCUGCUCACAUCGAUGAACCAGACACGGUUAAUUCUGACCACAUGGAAGAGCCAGAAAUUGUUAACCCUGCACACAUCGAUGAAUCAAAGAUUGAACAAGCCGAUGAGAAGCAUACUGAAAUAAGAGACUUAGGCGAAGUCAAUUAA